AUGCAGACAAUAAAAUGUGUUAUUGUGGGAGAUGGUUACGUGGGCAAAACCUGCCUUUUAAUCUCAUACACGACCAACAAAUUCCCCUCGUACGUCCCAACAAUUUUUGAUAACUAUGCAGCGACGAUCAUGAUAGGUGGAGAGCCAUACACCCUUGGGUUGUUUGAUACUGCAGGGCAGGAAGACUAUGACCGGUUGCGACCGCUCUGUUACCCCCACACUGACGUAUUCUUGGUCUGCUUCUCUGUGGUCUCACCCACCUCGUUUGGAAAUGUUAAAGAAAAGUGGGUUCCUGAGAUCGCCCACCAUUGUCCGAAGACGCCGUUCCUGUUAGUGGGCACCAAGACUGACCUCAGAGAUGACCCCUCCACCAUCGGAAAGUUGGUGAAAAACAAGCAAAAACCAACAACCCCAGAAACAGCAGAGAAGCUGGCACGCGAUCUGAAGGCUGUCAAAUAUGUGGAGUGCUCUGCCCAGACACAGAGAGGACUGAAGAGCGUGUUUGACGAGGCCAUCCUAGCUGCCCUGGAGCACCCCCAUCCUACGAGGAAGCGGAAGUGUGUGCUCCUCUGA